AUGUCACGGACCUUGUUCCUAUGGGCUACAGUUUGGGCCCUCCUGGCUACUGCCACAGCUCAACGCAGGGUCAGUGGCAGGAACAACAGAUGGGGACAAAACGGGAGCCAGGGGUACUCGGCAUACAAGACGUGGAACUCCAACCUUUACCCCCGGUGGAGAGAAGGAGAUCCCAGGCAGUCAAACUGCUGGCGAGGCGGCAAUGUAGCAAUUGACAUCAGCAACGAUGCCCCAACUUUAACAGGGGCCAGAGCCACAUUCAGCAUUGCUUUGCGCUUUCCCAACAGCCAAACUGUGCUGGCAGAUGGACGUGUAGUAUGGAGCCAGAACUGCACCAUAAAUGGCACCCGUAUGAGACAAGGGGAUCCUGUUUUCCCAGAUCAGGAAGCCAAUGCUUCUGAUUAUGUGUUUCCUGAUGGACAACCCUUCUCCUCAAGUGAUCGCCGGCGUGGCAAGUUUGUCUAUGUCUGGCAGACCUGGGGGCGCUACUGGCAAGUAGUAGAUGGUCCCACAUCCUUGUUGACCAUUGAAACAGGUGAUACAGCUUUGGGUUCCUAUACCAUGGAUGUGGAAGUCUAUCAUUACCGGGGACGUGAGAAAUUCAUCCCUAUUGGUAGUACCUCAUCACAGUUUAGCAUCACGGACCAGAUCCCGUUCAAAGUGAACAUUGCACAAGUUCUUGAUAUAGAUGGGACAGAUAGCCGUUUUGUGCGAAACCGAGCCAUCUCCUUUGCUGUGCAGCUCCAUGAUCCGAGCCAAUACCUCCAUGAUGCUGACAUUUCCUACUCCUGGGAUUUUGGUGACCAGAGUGGGACACUGAUUUCUCGGGCAACCAUGGUCACUCACACCUACCUUUCUGCUGGUAUAUUCAGUCCACGUGUGGUGCUUCAGGCUGCCAUCCCUGUGGCCUCAUGUGGAAGCAGUACUUCAGAAGAGCCAUUCAUCAUGCCUACAACCACUCUGAGUGGUACCACGGUUCAAGCUUCCAGUGUUUUUUCCACCAUAAGUAGCAUAACUGGGGCAAGCUCUGAAGAGGUUCUGACCUCUGUCCCAGCUUCUGCAACUUCAGUGCUUUCCACUGUACCAUCAGCAGAAACUGAAGAGGCAGCGUCUGUGGCCACAGCUGUAGCAGCUCCUGCCACAAUCAUCAGUGCCAGGCCUGAAGGAGCAGAUUCAGCACCUGUUUCUGUGGAACCUGCAAGUGUUUCAUCAUCCGAUGCAGCUGAAGAUAGUGCACCCACUGUGGGUGUGAUGGUCGCCAUGUCUGCAUCUCUCCCAAAUACCAUGGCCCUGGUAUCUACUGCAGCUUCUGCAUCUCCACCAGGCUCUGUGGCUUCUGGUUCUUCAUCCACAGUAGUACCUGAGAACAACCCAGGCACACUGGAACCCACUGCUUUGUCAUCUGCAGCACCUACAAAUGUGCUUUCAGGGGCUUCAACAACACUUUUUACCACAGCUAAUGCCCCUCUCUCUUUGGCAGCAGAUACAUCUGAAGACACAGCAACCAUCAAUCUAAUGGGUUCAGUUACGCCUGUCACAGGAACAGUCGCAGGAAAUGUGGUCCAGCUCCUGGUGAAACGCCAGGCACCCACUGGAUGCCUCCUCUAUCGUUAUGGAACCUUCUCUACUCAUCUGGAUAUCAUCCAGGGCAUAGAGAGUGUGGAAAUUGUGCAGGUAAUGCCACUGAUGCCUGCUAUUGCUGAGAACGCAGUAGAUCUCACUGUGACCUGCCAAGGAAGCCUCCCUGAAGAAGUGUGCACAACUAUUUCAGAUCCUGAGUGUUUGAUAGUCCAGGAGGCUGUGUGCAAUCCUGUUCCGCCAAGCCCAGACUGCCAGCUUGUUUUGCGCCAGGCCUUCAAUCAAUCUGGCCUCUACUGCGUCAACAUCUCACUGGCUGAUGCCAACACCCUGGCUGUUGCCAGCACCCAAGUCAACAUCCAGGCAGAAAGAAGUCCAGCCUCAGCCCAAAUUACAUUUGUAGUUGGAAUGCUGCUGGCCAUUGCUGCCAUGGGGGCUGCUAUCUACACCUGUCGGCAUUUGAAAUACAUCCCUCUACGGGCCGUGAUGUCUGCUGGCCCUUCUCCAAGGAACUGGUUUCCUGAUCGCACAGCUGUACGUCUCUUUUUGGGCCAGGGGGCCAAGGGGGAAAGCAGCCCCUUGCUCAGUGGCCAUGUUAUCUAA